CAGAGUUCAAAUGACGUCACUCAAUAAUGUCGGGCUGCCUGACGACGUGGCGGAGAGGAAAGAGGGAGGAGAAAUUAGACAAACCCGGCUGGCAGACUGACUACUGGCAUGAAUCAAAAUGUCACUGGGUGACACAAUGGAAAGCAUUUCUACUGAACUUGACAGUCAGUUGCCAGGCCCCAGUGAUAGUGACGCAUCAUCUGUGAAAGAAACAGAGCUGCAUUAUGAGGCCUCUGAGGCAAUAAAUGAACUCUUAGAAACAGGAGACGAGGCUGUGCCAUCCAAUGAGGGUGGUGGGCACCAGGCUGAGGAAUGCUCUGUCCAGCCAGAGGGACCUGCUGGAAGCACAGCCCCUGCAGGGAAGGGCAUGUCAGGGAGUGGGGUGACUGAGUGCACUGAGUCAGUGAGUCUGGAGCCAGCUGCUGAAACAGCACCGGACAAACAGGGUGCUCAGGAGUCAGCUGCAUCCACAGAGGGGAGAAGAUGGGGUGGCUGGGGCUCAUGGGGCAAGGCCCUUUUGACAACGGCAACAUCCACUGUUGGUCAAGGAAUAACAGCAGUCAAAGAAAAGGCAGCCACACUUACAAUCCACAGCGGCUCUUCAGCUUCUGAGGAGAGCAAGCAGUUCGGAAGUAAUGAAGGGGCAACACCAGAUGUUCCUGAAGACUUGGGUCUAACUGAAUCUCCUCCCUCAAAACCUUCAACUGGGUCACGGGGAAUGUUGUCAACCAUUACAAAUGCAGUUCAGAAUACAGGUAAGUCUGUGAUUACUGGUGGUCUGGAUGCACUGGAAUUUAUUGGUAAGAAGACAAUGAACGUGCUUGCAGAGAGUGACCCUGGCUUCAAGAAGACCAAAAUUCUGAUGCGGAGAACUGUAACUCUGUCACAGAUGUUAAGGGAAGCUAAAGAUAAGGAGAAGGAGAGGAUUGGUGAUCAGGUUGCAAUGGAGAGGACAGCACACUAUGGAAUACUCUUUGAUGAUUACCAGGGACUAUCUCAUCUGGAGGCUCUGGAGAUUCUCUCCAAUGAAAGUGAAUCCAAGGUUCAGUCAGCUUUAAUGUCAUUAGAAGGAGAAGAAUUGGAAAAUGUGAAAAGGGAUCUGAUUGCAAUUAAAGAACUCUUCCUGGAGAAGGAUUUUGGAGAUGAAGAUGAAGAUGAAAAAGUUUCUGAAGGAGAAGAGUUUGUGAGCUUACUAACAGAGCUACUUUCUGAACUGCAUGUUGCUGUCACCCCUGACAAACUCAGCAAGGCAAGGAAAAGGGCCCACGACUGGGUAAACAAAGUGGAUCUUUUAGCAGUGGAAAGUGAGGAAAAACCUAAAGAGGCAAACAAAGAACUAGGCAGCGAAAAACAUGAGGAAACAUGUGAAGCAGAGGAAGAUCAUUCAAAAUCUGUUGAGGAUAUCUACAUGUCAUCAGUUGAAAGCCUGGCAGAGGUGACAGCUCGUAGUAUUGAACAGCUUCACAAAGUGGCAGAGCUGAUUCUCCAUGGACAGGAUGAAGAGAAGCUAGCUCUGGAUCAGACCAGAAUCCUAACCAGGCUAACAGGUGCUAUGUGCAAGGAGGUAUCUUCGCUUUCUAAGAAGUUUUCUGAAACUUUAACUGCGGCAGGGAGCAAGCUAAAGGCAGAGGUCCUAACCCCCUGGAUUAACAGUGUGCUAUUAGAGGGAUCAAACAGCACCACCUACAUUCAGGAUGCUUUCCAGUUGCUUCUUCCAGUAUUACAGAUCUCACAUUUACAGUCUGCCAGCUCUAUAACACCCAGAGAAUGCUAGGAUUCCUGUUGGAAAAAGCGACAUUAUUAAUGGAAAUCAUACACUACAUAUAUAACUUCUUCUUACACUAAAAUAGUAGUAAUCUAUAUUUUCAUUAUGAACGCAGCCCUUUAAUUGAUAUUGUUUAAGAUGCCUGUUACAGUGACACAUUAUUGUAUUGUGCUUAAAUUGAUUCAGUAUUUACAGCAAUGAGAACAUGCUGAGAUUGACAUUUUUUGUUGCUAAUCAACAGACUAGUUGGAUAUGAUACAAGGGUUUUAGGCAAAACAUUAUCAUUGCAGCAAACAAAUAAAAAAAAUAUAUAUUUGCAAGCCUUUACAAAAUGGUGAGGUUAUGCAUAUUUAUAUUCUAUGAUGUAAUAGAUUUUGUUGCAUGGUGCAAGAGGUUUCUAUGACUUAGAGUAUCAUUAAUAUAUGUAUAAACUGAUUGAAAUCGUUGUAAAACAUACACUAUUGUGAAUCACAGCUGCAUUUUACAUUUAAAUGCUGAGUUUGUUGCUCUUGCACUUUGUACAAUUAACAGAACAAAUACGCUAUUAUUCCUUGGGUUUAAAACAAUUGAUCUGCGCAGCGGUGCACCUAAAUACCGUUGUUUAAAUCAUUAGAAUAGGACCUACCUGGGGUUUAAAAACAUCUCAGCGAAUUACCUAGUUACCUAGCAUUUGUUGUAUUUAUAGGCUGUCUGCCACAAUUGAAUCGAUUCAGCUACAACCCCCCCCCCCCAUUUGGUGCCCAGUCGCAUAUGUUUAUAUCUCUAAUUACUUGUUUUGUUUGUUUUUUUUUAACAUGACAUUAAUUAAUUUACCUAAUUGAUUUGUCAAAUAAAUUGUGUGGCACAGAACUAAAUCCAAUUAUAUUUAAAGAUUUUAAAUUAUAUGAAAGUGUAACUUUUUUCAAAACACAUCACAAGUAGAGCAACCCUAAUUUGUAUUCUGUGAACACACUGAUCAAUUAAUUGAAUCCAGUUAUAUCCUGCUCCAAGUUCACUAUUCAUUUAAUGAGCAAUUUGCCAAAAUGAUUAGCUUUAGAUAAAAAGUUAAUUGAAAUGGGCCCUAAGACGAUAACAUUGAUAAAUAGGCCCUGUCAUGUUCAGUCACUUAGAAUUAAAAUUGUGUGUAUUACUUAUAAGAAACUACCAUUAUGUUGGCAUAAGCCUAAUAGUCACACUGUUAAGCAGCCAUUUAAAUGAAAAAACCACUUCUUACCAAAAGCAUUCAAAUAAAAAAAUAAAUAGUG